CCGCAGUCUCUGGUCAUCCCCUGCACUGUGUCCGCAGUCUCUGGUCAUCUCCUGCACUGUGUCCGCAGUCUCUGGUCAUCUCCUGGACUUACGUCCGCAGUCUCUGGUCAUCUCCUGGAGUACGUCCGUAGUCUCUGGUCAUCUCCUGUACUGUCUGCAGUACAUUGGUUCAGAAUAUUUUUUCCUCCUCUAAAACCUAGGUGCGUCCUUAUGGUCAGGUGCAUCUUAUGGAGCGAAAAAUAUGGGUAUAUUUAAUACAAAUAUUCAUAAAACUUAACAGCAUAACAACUUUAAUAUGAAGAUGGCAUACAUCAAAUGAUAUAGUGCUAACUUUAGCUGUGCGC